AAGCGCGGAGCCGGGAGCGGCCCCGGAGCGCAUCCACCGCCGCCCCCCGCCGAGGGGCUCCGCGGCCAUGCCAGGCGGCCGCCCCCGCGGCCCCGCGGCCCCGCGCUGCCCUCCGCUGCGCUGAGCCCCGCCGGCCCGCGGCACCAUGUCCCGCCGCAAGAUCUCCUCCGAGUCCUUCAGCUCGCUGGGCUCCGACUGCCCGGAGACCAGCCCCGAGGAGGAGGGCGAGUGUCCCCUGUCCCGCCUUUGCUGGAACGGCAGCCGCAGCCCUCCCGGCCCCGCCGAGCCACCUCUCACCGCCGCAGCCGCCGCCGCCGCCGCCGCGGCCAGCGCCGGGGCUCGCCGCGUUCCGCGCCGUCGGCGGGUCAACCUGGACUCGCUGGGCGAGAGCAUCCGCCGCCUGACGGCCCCCGCGCCUCAGACUAUUCGGCAGACUCUUCAAAGGACACUGCAGCAUUUUGAGCAUCAAGUUAUUGGUUACAGGGAUGCAGAGAAGAACUUUCACAAUAUAUCAAACAGAUGCACCUACACAGACUGCUCUGGCAACGAAGAAACUGAAGAUGUCUCAGGAAUUCUCCAGUGUACAGCUAAUGUACUUGGUCUGAAACUUGAGGAAAUGCAAGAAAAAUUUGGGGAGGAAUUCUUCAAUAUCUGCUUUGAUGAGAAUGAAAGAGUUCUUCGAGCUGUAGGUGGGACCCUUCAAGACUUCUUCAAUGGCUUUGAUGCUUUGCUGGAGCACAUUAGAACUUCAUUUGGAAGACAGGCCACCCUGGAAUCCCCAUCUUUCCUAUGCAAAGAGCUCCCUGAAGGCAAUCUCAUGCUUCAUUAUUUUCACCCACAUCAGAUUGUAGGGUUUGCAAUGGUGGGAAUGAUAAAGGCAGCAGCAAAGAAAAUUUACCGCUUGGACGUGGAAGUAGAACAGGUCACUAACGAUAAGCUGUGUUCAGAGGGGACGAACCCAGGCAAUUGCAGCUGUCUGACUUUCCUUAUCAAAGAACAUGAAAAUGCAAAUAUCACAAAAGCACUUCCAUCGGGAACUUCCCACUCUCCCUUAGAUCUGAGGAUUAGUAUCAGCACCUUCUGCAGAGCAUUCCCCUUUCACCUGAUGUUUGAUCAAAACAUGUUUAUUCUUCAGCUGGGAGAAGGUCUAAGGAAGCAGCUCAGAUGUGACACCCACAAAACUCUGAAAUUCCAAGACUGCUUCGACAUAGUUUCUCCUAAGAUCAGUGCCACAUUUGAACGAGUCCUCCUGAGGUUAUCUACUCCCUUUGUUAUUCGGACCAAACUUGAGGAUACUGACUCUGAAAAUAAAGACAAGGUGAUGGAAGUUAAAGGACAAAUGAUUCAUGUGCCAGAAUCAAAUUCAAUUUUGUUUCUGGGGUCUCCCUGUGUGGACAAGCUGGAUGAACUGAUGGGCCGAGGCCUCCAUCUUUCGGACAUACCUAUCCACGAUGCUACUCGUGAUGUCAUAUUGGUUGGGGAGCAAGCGAAGGCCCAAGAUGGCUUGAAAAAAAGAAUGGAUAAACUGAAGGCAACGCUAGAACGCACACACCAAGCCCUGGAAGAGGAGAAAAAGAAAACAGUCGAUCUCCUUAUUUCCAUUUUCCCUGAAGAAGUGGCUCAGCAGCUGUGGCAGGGGCAGCAAGUUCAGGCCAGGAAGUUUGAUGAUGUCACCAUGCUCUUCUCGGAUAUUGUUGGCUUCACAGCCAUCUGUGCACAGUGCACACCCAUGCAAGUCAUCAGCAUGCUGAAUGAACUCUACACACGGUUUGACCACCAGUGUGGAUUCCUGGACAUCUAUAAGGUGGAAACAAUAGGUGAUGCAUACUGCGUUGCUGCAGGGCUCCACAAGAAAAGCCUUAGCCAUGCUAAAGCCAUUGCCCUGAUGGCACUGAAGAUGAUGGAGCUUUCAGAAGAGGUUCUCACUCCAGAUGGGAGCCCUAUUAAGAUGAGGAUAGGCAUUCACUCAGGAUCGGUGCUGGCUGGCGUUGUUGGUGUAAGAAUGCCACGCUACUGUCUCUUUGGAAACAAUGUCACCCUUGCAAGCAAGUUUGAGUCAGGAAGUCAUCCGCGUCGCAUCAAUGUCAGUCCAACCACGUACCAGCUUUUGAAAAAGGAAGAAAACUUUGUUUUUAUCCCUCGUUCCCGUGAAGAGCUUCCAGAAAACUUUCCAAAGGAAAUUCCUGGGAUCUGUUACUUUCUCGAGGUUAGAAGUGGUCAGAAGCAGCCAAAACCCUCCAUCACGUCUGCCAGAGUGAGAAAAGUUUCUUACAACAUUGGCACCAUGUUCCUCCGGGAGACCAGCCUAUGAGGCCUGCUGCAGAUCAAAGACUCAUCAAAAAGCACAAGCCCAGAAUUGGGUCAUGCCAGGGGAGCUGGAGGUUCUUUCUAUUUCACUGCCUUGUUCUGAACAAGCAGUAAAAGCUUCAUGUAAUGUCAGGCAAUAACCAUUUUAAAGGUGGGUGACUGCUGUAGGUAAACAGAGUGGAGAUGAUAGGGAAAAAAGCAUUUAAACAAAAUACUUCCACUUCCAGAGGAAUUUCAUUAGUAAACUUGAGUCUGGCCCCUUUAUGACAAACAAACACAAACAAAACGAAAAACCAAAUCUCACAUUAGAGGUUGGUUUUGUUUUGUGCAGAAAGGGUGAUGGUUCUCUGUAGAUUUGCACCAGCUAAGCAGAAUUGAGAGUCAGUUCUGAUUAUGCAUUCCUACAUUCAGUGUGUUAUUCAGUACGGUAAUGGUGUUUUUUAACUUUAUGAACAAACAUUUCAUACAUGUACUGUAGAGUUGUUGUAACCUUCCUGGCAGGAGGAAUUAUAAUUCGUACAAAUGUUGUAGGGAUUUUACCUAUUUUUAUACAUAUUUCACUUGCUGGAUAAUUACAUUCCACAUACUGUAAGCUGAGUAAGCCUAGAUAGCUUUUCAGAAGAAGCUACUGUAUAUUUCGUAUAUUCUACCUAUCAAAGCUUAUUGUUAUACAAAUGGGAAAAAGUCAUUUUUUUGACUUUUUUUUUUUUUUUUUUUUUUGGCAUCAGAAAAACCAGUAUUUUAAAGAAAAAAACCCACCACUUUGGUAAACCUCUUUACCUGAUGUUUAUGCUAAACUUUAGAUGAGCAUUGUCUUGCUAAUACAAAAUAAUGUUCAGUAUUUGUCCUACAGUGCUGUGUUUCCAGUCUUUUCAGGACAAAGCAAACAAAAUGUGAAAGAACAAUCUGUUAACAAACAGAAAAGUUCUGUUAUACACAGUGGGUCUUUUAUUUUUUCUGCAACAAAUUGUCAUCCAAAUGAAUAUUUGGUAGAAGUCCUUACUCUGAGAGAGUCCAGCAAAUUCUGGAGGCACUCCGGGUACUGGUUUUCUAUUUUUUUAAAAGGACUUCUGCUCCUGCUCUAAAAAUCCUAUCUGCUAUUGAAGAUGCUCAUUUGGAAAUUUCUUCUGUGGUGGAUUGGAUAAAAGCUUUAUCUCAUGCAGACCAAAAAAUACUGAAAAGGGAAAGGAAAUAAUGUCUCAGAUUUAAUGAAAAUGCUGGUUGAAGAUUUAGAGCAGUCUCUAAUGCUAAUUAAAUGAAUAAUUAAAAAACAAAACAAAACAAAACAAAAAGGCCCAAUUCCUGGUUAAAUUUAAAAUAGUUUUGUUUUCUUCAGUGAAACCAACUGAAACAGGAAGCACGAUGUAAAUCUGUCCUCCCAGUAGACAUGUUUUCAGGCAGUGUUUGUUUCUCAGGCUUUUCUUUGCAGAAGUAACGGCGGUCAGUUUUCUUUUCUAUGUGUAUUUCCCUUUAGGUCCUACUGAAUCGAGCCAACAUUUUACUUGUCUUGUAAAUUUUUAGAAAACAUUAAUGCAGUGAUUUCAAAUUGGCUUAGAUGCACAAUGGCCUGAUCAAAGCUCAAAGAAAUCAAAGUCAACACUAUCAACAGCUCAGCUCUUCUGUAAUCCAAACCAGAAGUUUGGGCUUUACUGAUGGAUUUAGUUAUCAAAUCUUGAAGCGACUUUUGAAAAUUAGUGAAUAACAUUCUCCACGUGUCCAAAUUAUCCAGUUAUACCUUUCUGCAGAGGGAAUGACAGUGCUCCAUUAUUUCUAUUUGACUCUCAUUAGGAUAGGAACAAUUCAUCCUGUUACAGAAAAAAAAAAUUAUGCUUCCUUCCUUUGAAGCCUGCCUUUAUGAGAAAAGACUAUUCUGAACGUAUGCAGACUUCAUCAGGUAGAAGAAACAUGAAUUUAUUGUGCAAGCUGUUUUCUUGCUGAGAGGGUAUCUGCAUGGGCAUGGCAGGGGCAUUGGAACUGGAUGAUCUAUAAGGUCUCUUCCAAUCCAAACCAUCCUAACGUAUGAUUCUAUGAAUAUUAUUUAAAUAGAAAUUCCCUUGUUUUUCAGAGGACCACUGAUGUUAAAAAUUUCUUCCAUAGUAAUACAGCAUCCUUGGGAUUGGAGGAGUUUAUCUUCUGCCUACCUUGAUAAUCAGCAUUUGCAGCUGUACUCUAUGUCUGAAAAAUGACUUGAUGAAAACUGCUUGGGCUUGGGGUUGUAGAAUUUCCAUCCAAACCACUGAUUGAAGAAUUUUCUGCAUCAAAUGGCAAAAUAUUUUACAUCUAUUAGCUACAUCACAGGCUGUAGCGUUCAUUUCCUCUUUCUGGUGAACAUCAAUGAGACCUGCAAGAAUUAUAUAAGGAGCAAAGUUCCAGUUCAGUCAUGGGAACUGGAACACUGCUUCUGAGCUAAUAAAGCUGUGGUUAUGAUGUCAUUACCCAGUUCCCUGGAGUGAUUAUUUUUUUUUCCCUAGCAAUAUAUUUCUUUUCUAAUCAAUACAUCAAGAUUUCUUUCUGACUUUACUGGCACAUCCUCAUUGUUCAGUAGGUGUUAAUGUCAGAUUACUAAUCUCUCUGGCCAAACUCUGUUUCUUCUCUCACCACCCACAGUACUCUGUGAUGAGAACAAAUGAAGAGGUUCAGACCAAAAGCAUAUUGCUCAAUAUCCUGUCUCUCACAGUUGCUAAUAGGAAAUGCCUAGGUUUAUCCUGUGGGUGAUUUUGGUGGAUCCAUGGAAAUGCUUUAAUGAGAAAUGAUGGUUAAAAGCUAAUUCAGCUAUUACACUGAAGAGCCAAGAGAAGAAAAAAUAAUUGUUGCACCAUCCUCAUUCUCUCCAGUUACAGUUUGUUUGAUAAUGGAAUCUGUAAACACAGAGAUUACAGCAAAAAACAAAAAUUGGAGUUAGCAGAACCGUGGAGACAAAGAUAGCUCCCCAAACUGGAGCAGAUUUACUGUAUGAGAAUAUACAGUCUCUGCUUUUUAUAAGUUUCUGUAGAGGUAACAUGCCCAAAACUUCAGCACUGAUGCUACGUAUUGUGUUGUUUGCUUCUGUGUUAUGACAGGUUAAGUUAAUAGAGAAGUGUAGGCUUUCUAGAGGCACUUGAUCAGUGUGAGAAAAGUGUGAAGCAUUCUCAGCAUUGUUUAACUUAGUAGCUGCAUCUGCUGCCUGCAGUAUUAGGUUGAAAACUUAUUAUUUGGACACUUGUAUGAAGUGAAAUGUAGUUUAUUAGCAAGGUUAAUGCUGUGAAGUUGGUAAGAUCAUUGUCAGACUCAGCAUUUGUCCAACGGAACUUCAUUUUAGUGACAGAGAAAAUGUUCUCAUUAGCCUGACAUUGUUUUCAUGAAUAAAAGGUUUUGCAGUGUUUUUACCUUGGGAUGUUGAGGUGGAGAGGUGCAGAAAUGUAGAAAUCACAUACUGUAGUUGGAAUUUCCUUUGGAUAUUUUCUUUCCUAUUAAACAGAUGAUCCUUUUUUCCUCUCUGAAGAUAAAGAGAGGAGAUCUACUGCAUCUUCCCUGUGUGGGGAGGAGGGUGAAUGGGCCCAAGCUGGGGUUAUUGGUCUCUGCCACAGCCUGGUGCUGUGCAGCUUCCCCCUGAUCCAGGCUCAGACAGACUGGAGACGAUGGGCUGACCACAGAGGCAGACCCACAGGCCAACUUGUCUUACAGAAGUUAUGAGGCCUAAGUAAACAGAAGCAACAGUUAUUCCCCCAGGGCACCUUUUAGAGGUUUUCUGUCAGAUUUCUCCAUCUGCUUGAAGCUCUCUGUCACACAGGCUUUUCUGUGAUGCAGGGCAUAGAGGUCAGGAACUCAGGGUGAAGGAAAUUGUAGAGAAGUGGAUAAAAUUUUGUUCAGUAUCACUCUACCAAUACCUACGGUACAAAGACAAAAGCCACUGCAUGGGAGAGUUACUGCAAAGACAGAAUUCUAAUAGUGUGGUUGUCUUGCAGAGUCCCACAGGGUUUUGCUCUUUUAAUUCCAAAGAGCUCGUAGUUGUUAAAUGCGGUUGUGGUUUUGACUACACUGCUCAUUCCCACAUCCAUUUUCAGAUCUCAGUCUGCUCAGAAAGGCUUUGUGGGGCCUGGAAGCAUGCCUCUGCAAACAGAAAACCAUCUUGUAUGGGAAAUGCUUAUGCUGAAGAAGAAAUACUUGCAGUUUGUCACUAGCUGGUCCUAUUGAGGUUCAUCUGUAUAAAGAGGCAAUUUCAUAGUGAUGUCUGCUCCUGUGUUCAUAGUGCUCCUGUGCCUGCAGAGACAUCCAGUGUGUAACCACCUUUUCUCUGUUUUCUCUUAACAAUUCUCUUUUGAUUUUUUUUUCUCUAUAAAGCAAACAGUGCAGAACUGUGACAUGUUGUAAACACUUAAACAUACCAUAGCUCUGCACUGAGUCUUAUGCUUUGCUUACUGAUGUUACAUUAAAUAUUUCUUCCUCUGAACAGAUCCUUUUUAUCCCAUCAGACUUUAAAAUGAAGGGGGAAAUAAACCAAUUUGAAUUGCAAAUGGGCUUGAAACUUGUAUAAGUUGUUGGGGCAAUUGUAGCUGCAGGAUGGCUUUCAGAUUCUUCAGCAUCCAGAGGAAGCCCUCACACAUUCUAUCUGCCAACAAGACUAAUCCAACAGCAGCAUCACUGACAUCUAGCAUCUUCUGUGUGCUUUCAUCUGAUCUCAGGCUUCUACCUCACCUCUGCUGAGUGCUGACAACACACUGAGCAGAGGCACUUCCCUGCCCUAACUCAGUCACAGAGCUUCUCAUUCUGUUUUUGGAUAAUGGUAUUGCUUUGUAAAAUUAUGCAUUUGUAAUACUACAGAUAGCAGCAUGCUUAAAUUAGCAACAAAACAAGAAGCAUAAGCUUGACAGAUGUCUCUUUAGGAAAAACAAACCAGCAAGGUGAGGCAGUAAGGUUGCUUUUUACAUGAGGAAACAAGUGGAAUGUAUCAAGCUCUACCUGGGUAUGGACAGUGAAGAAGUAGAAAGCUUGUGGGUGAGAAUUAAGGGGCAGGCUGAUAUGGGUGACACUGUUGUGGGUGUGUACUACAGGCCACUUGAUCAGGUGGAAUGAGUUUGAUGAGGCCUUCUGCAACCAGCUGGAAGCAUCACCACAGUCACAGUCACUGGUUCUCAUGGGUACUUCAGUCAGUCUGAUAUUUUCUGGAAAAACAGUACUGCCAGGUACACACAGACCAGGAGGUUCAUGAAGUGUAUGGAGACAAAGUUUCUGACUCAGGUAGUAGAGAAGUCAGUGAGGAGAGAUUUGCUGCUCUUACAAACAAUUAAGAACUGUCUGGGGAUGUGAGGGGUUAGGGCAGCUUGGGAUGCAGCAUUCAUUAAAUGGUGGGGUUCAGGAUCUUGUGUGGAAGAAGCAGGACAAUAAGUCAGAUUACUACUCUGGAGUUCCAGAGAGCUGACCUAGAUGUCUUUGAAAACCUUCUUGGUGGGAUCCUGUGGGUCAGAGUGCUUAGAAUGUAAGGGAGGUUCAAGAAAGCUUGCUGUUAUUCAAAUGCCACUUCAAGCUCAAGGUCAGCACAUCCCUAAGAUGCAAAGGUGGCAAUAGAUAUGCAUGGAAGGGCAAGGUACUCAUGGAUAAACUCAAAGGGAAGAAGGAAUUAUAUGGAAUAUGGAAAAAGUGUCUGGUGAUGUGAAAAGAAUAUAGCAAUAAUGCCAAGUUAUGCAGGGAUGUUUUGAGAAAGGUUAAAGUGUUGUUGGAAGUAAAGCCAGAAACAGUUGGUUCCCUUCCUUCAAAGGAAUACGUUAUUCAUUGAGCUUUUCUGGAACUGAGGAUGCAAGUAGCAGUAGAGGAAGGCAUAAAUUGAAGAUGCUGAGUUUGCAGGGGGCUCAAGAAGUAGGAGCUUGUCCUUCUGCUGCUACUGUUCAUGCUUCCAUUGCCUUGCAUGCUCUUCCAGUUCUAGUUCAGAAUUCUGUUAUUUAAAAGCCCUCCAUUCUUUUUUGUUUUGCAGCCUGUGCAUGACAUAGAUGGUGAGUAAUUCUUAUUAUUGUUCUUAUUAACAUCUGUUGUUGACAUGACUGCUUACAUUUAAAGGAAAAGUAGGAUCAAAGGGUUGUUCUUGCUCUUAUUUGCAGCAAAGACAAAACCAUUACAGUGACACAGCAGGCAGUUGCCUCUGUAGAGUGGGAGGACCACAGUGGAAGUUUUCAUUGGGGAAUUUGGGUGAAGUCAGUGCAGUAGUUACUCUUCAAUGUUAUUAAUUUGCAGUGCAUGAGCAACCUUACAACAAAAAUCUAUAAGCUAUUUGACUUCAUAUGCAUGUUUGAUCUUUUGUGGCUUGGCUUGAUCAUGCAUGAAAACAAGUGAAACAGUGACACAGGGGAAUGCAGCAACUCAGUCAGAGGUCACAAAUCGUUCACCUUGGCAGAUACUUACUCACUCCUGUGGCUUAGAAAGGUUAACCUCCAGUUAUCUCUGAUCCCAGUGUCACUGCAGCAACAAAAUGGCUUCUGAAAGAAACAGCAAGGAGCAUCUCAGGCUGGGGCUCUCAUUAGAGAGGCCAAUACAAGAAAUUAUGCAAAGUGGCAACUUUGUUGGCAGCCUUAGCAAAAAGAGCAACUGGAGGCAGAUGCUAAACUGGCCAUCUGCUCCUGGGCUUUUAGUUUCCCAAGGCAAAGCAAGGCUGUCUUUCAGGGAAAGGAGAAUCUUGCCUGCCUUGGUUAGGAGGCAAGGAGCAGAAUGCAGCUGUGCUCAGUGGCAGCAUGGCUUGCUCUUGCCUUCAGCUGCUGGACCCCCUUCUACUUUAGCAACCCAGAAAUAAUUUCCUCAGAAAACCAGUAGUUUCUUCAGUUACUUACCCCCCAUGAUUCUAGACACAGCAUGAGGCUGCCUAAAACCCUGGGUGUGAGGGUGUGAAAUUGAUCCCACUGAUUUAAGCUCUCUCCAGACCAGUGCGGUCUCUCAAAUCUUUUAGUCUGUGCUGCUUUUCAGAGUUUUGAACUAGCCAAAGAAAAUGUUACAUGGACAGAUAAGCACAUUCCAGGAUGAACAGUGGUUUGAUACAGUGACCAUCCAGAACAGGGGCUACUGAAGUUCUAGAAAUCUCUUCCUUCUGCUGUCUGAACCACUUACAUAAGCUGUGAGUGUUGCCAAUCACAACUCCUGGAUCUUGCGGUAUGUUAAAAAGAGUGUGGCUAGCAGGUCGAGGGAGGUCAUCCUCCCCCUCUACUGUGCCCUGGUGAGACAACAUUUAGACUACUCUGACAAGUUCUGGGCUCCCCAGCAGAAAAAAGACAAAUACCUCUCCUAGAAGGAAUCCACUGGAAAGCCACAAAAAUGGUAAAGAGCCUGGAGCAUCUCCUCUAUGAGGAAAGGCUGAGUAACCUGGGUCUGUUCAGUCUGGGGAAAAGAAGACUGAGGAGGGGUUCUGAUUAAUGUUUAUAAAUGUCUAAAGUGAGGUAGAAGGCAAAUGGAUGAGGCCAGGCUCUUUUCAGUGGUGCACAGUGAUAGGACGAGGAGAAAUGGCCUAAAACUUCAACAUAGAAAGUUCAAUAAUAACAUGCAGAAGAACUUUAUGGUAAGGGUGAUGAAGCAGAACCACUGGAAUGGGUUGCCCAGGGUUGUUGUUGAGUUUCCUUUGAUAGAGACAUUCAAGACUCUUCUGGACACAUAACUAUGCAACCUAUUGUAAGGUGCCUGCUUUAGUAUGGGGCUUGGACUCAGUCUUUUGCAGUCCUUUCCAAUCCCUGCAAUUCUGUGAUCUCAUUAUGAAUGUUCACCUAAGCUAUAUGACAGAAUGCCUAUAUAAACCUUGCUGGUUAUCCUUAUGUAUAGAUGAUAAUGAAGUAUACAAAUGGUAAAGGGCAGGAGAAUAGUUGCUGGGUUAUCAUUAAUAUACAUAUUUACUGGUUUUGUGAUUUUGUAGGCCUGAAGUUACUGCAGAAUGUCUUGCACUGAGAUAGCUGUUUUCAGAGUAGUGUUCCUUGCAAUACUUUGAAAUGACUACUCUUGAAGCAAUAAAUUCAGCCAUGCAAUUCUAUUCUGCUGUAGACUCCUGAACGACAGCUGUCGCCCUGAUAAAGCAUUUUUUAGAAGAACAUGAAAUGACACAAUAACACCCUGUUGUGUAUUUUUGUCCCAUGGAAAAAUUGUGGAAUAAUUGGAUUUUGUGAGGUAUUGUCUUUUUGCUAGUUUUGUAAAAAUACACGCUGUUAUUUGCUUAAAUUAGGAUGGGCCAAAUUGGAACUAUGGAUCAGGAUCAGAGAAAGCUUAUGGCUGUAAACAGAGUACCUUAAAGACUAGUCUGCCGAGUAAGACUGUUCUCCAAUCUGGAAACAACAUCACCAUAAGCAAGAUAAGCCCAAGAAUGAUAAAUAUGAGCAAUAAAACAGCUUUAAGUAAUUGAUAUAUUUUGCUUUUAUAAGCAGCAGUAAAUUAAUGUUAAGUCUGAUUAAUAGUCAGAGCAGAGCACUUCUUAAGCUGUUUUAGUGUUUGUUAUCAGCACAACUCUAAGGUAUUUUUUCCUUCCCUAGUGAGGCUGAAAAACAGUAUUGCAUCAAUAUCAGUUCUGGAGCUUAUUGCAGAGGAGCAUGGUUGGAAAUUAAUAACUAUUGAGUAGAGUUUCUUUUAAAAGUGAACAUUGCCUGUGAUAACAAAUCAUAUGGGAAAGGGAAACGAAGAACAAACUUAUAUUAGUUGUAAAAGUUUAUGUGGCAUUUCUAUUUGGUUAAAAAGCAUUCUGAAACUGUACAAUUAAAGCACAGCUUCAUCAUUCAGCUUAUUUGUGUUUGCAAAGAAAGAGGGAAGUUUUUCAAGGUCCAUAAGUCUUUCUCCUCCAUCCCAUUUUCUUUGUUGAUACACAAACUCCAUCUAAAAGUUGAACCUCAUUUUGCUCAAUAUCUUGAGAUUCUGAAAGCCCCAAUAAGUUUCUAAAAUGUGGAUUAGAAAUCCAUAUCAGAUCUCAAGAGUGUGUGGAUAAGGAGCCCAGGGGGAGAAUGCAUCUGAAGAAAGUGAAGAAAGAUUCUGUGUGUUUGGAAGUUUGAUAACCAAGAGUGUACUGUGCUAUUUUGCAGAAUGCAAGAAUGUGCUGUACAUGGUGUUGAGAACUCUCACGUUAGUAGGAUGAGCUUUAGAGUUUUAGAGUUAUCCUGAGAGUUUUAGUGGAGUUGCAUGAGAAAUCCAUUAUUUUUGGAAAGUUGUUUCAAGUGAGUUCAAUCUCUGGUUGCAGUGAAAAGUUGUGGAGAAAAAGGGAAAUAUACAAAUUCUAAAUGUAGAAAGACAGAUGACCCACUUUUGUUCAUCAUUUGACUUCUCUGGAGAUAGGUCUCAGAAUUUCCCCAUGAGUUUAGAUGGUGAAUGCAAAACCUGUCAGUAGCUAUAAAACAUUACAAGUGAGGUACUUUUUCAAGUAGAGAUGAAUGCCUUCCGGGUGUGUGUAGGGAUAUGAUACAUUAGUGUUAGCACUUAAGAAAAGUAAUGAUUCUAUCAUACUUCAUUAAUAAAUAUUGUUUAGAAAUGUUUGAACAGCACAUUUGGGAGCGUUGAGUCAAAGCAAAGAUUCAAAGGUUUGAAAUCUGUGACAUAAGAUUCUAAGAUACUCUAAGUUCAUGCCAUUUUUUCAGAAACAGUUCUAUAUAUGGAGUUUUCAAAAACAAUUGCAGCCAACAGUCAUUUAUAGUUAAUUUCAAGGUGCAAAAAUGCAUAGCAAAUAAUAUUUGGUAAGGCCAAAGUUGAAUUCAGUUGGUUUAGAGCAUCUACUAAGAGGAAGAAUGCAUCCCAAUGCCAGUCUCUAAACACACUUCCUAGGAUGUCUGUGAGCACUGUGCCUUUUACUGAAGCCCAAACAAACAGGCACAACUCUCACCCCAGUACAUGGCAUCCGUAUUGCCCUAUGUGACAAUUAGCAGUUAAGUUGUAGCCAUUAAUGUCUUUGAUGCUAGAAUAUUGUUUAUUAACCUUAUACCUUGCUGCCCACUUUAAUCUGGGAUCCAAUAAGCUUUAGAGCACCAAGAGAUUUUGGAAUUGUUGUGAGACUGAGUGAGGUUCUGCUAUCCUAAGUCUAUUUACAACUUCUGAUGGAAAAGCAAACAUACACACGGAGAGAAACACAUCAGGGACAAGGGCCAGAGUUUCAAAGGGCCCUGGGCUGAGCUCUGAACCAGAGGUGAGUGGGAAGAAUCAGGGAUGCUGCUUUACAACUCCCAUCCUUCUCCCACCCUUCCAUCUCUGUUUGUUAUCAAUCACCAUUCCUGCCAUCUGCAGUGAUUUCCAUCGCAGUCCUGCUUGGGGAGGCCGUGGGAAAGUUCUUGGGAAGAACAGUCCUCUGCACUGUGAACUGUCAUUCUCUCCAGAGAAAAGGAAUUAGAAGCAGUAUUGUCUCCCCAAGCUGAGAAAACUUGCAGAUUUUCCAUGUAAACAGUUUCUGUAAUUACCAGGAAAACAAACCAGAGAGGCAGAGCUGUGCAGCAGGGGCAUCCCGCCUUGUACGUGCUGCUGUGAUAAUGAAAACCAAACCCUGCGGAACUGCAGGCACAUUAUUCUCACUUGCUUUAAAGGUCAGCUAAGACGCUAAUUUCUCAAAUGGGGCUCAUAGCUCUGAGACAUCGUAACACCAGUCGUUUCUUCCAGCAAAUUGCAGUUGUCAGAGAAACUGGAUUAGUAGCUCAUGGUGCUAAAAAUAGGCAGUGUGUGUCUGCCAGAGAAGCUUGUUCAGGAGCAGAGGUGAAGGCAAAUCAAAGUGUCAUAACAUGGUGAAAAAGCUUUGAGUUGAGCAUUUUUUAUUAUUACAAGUUAGCCAUAAAAUUACACUCAAAAUAACCAGAGCUGCCAACUGGAAGAAUGUCAGGGUUUAGUGUGAUUCUGUUUUAUUCACCUUCUGGAUCCAGCCUGCGGUUGCUGCUUUAUCAGCUGAAUCAGGCUGGCAGCAGUCGCACACAAUUUGUUUUAUGACUUAAGCCAUUAUUUUUACUUGUAUGGUCAGAAGCAGACCAACAUACAGUUCAGGAAUAAUCUUUUUUCUCAGAAUUGGCAGUAAGGCACUGGCACAGGCUGCCCAGAGAGGUGGUGGAGUGACCAUCCCUGGAGGUGCUCAAGAAAAGACUAUGGGUUAGUGGGCAUGGUGGGGAUGGAUGGAUGUUUGGACUGGAUGAUCUUAGUGUCUUUUCAAACUUUAAUGAUUCUGUAAUUUUUACCACUUUAUUUAGAAGUCCAUUCUGUAGGGUGCGCAUUUUCUGCAUACCUUCUAUAAGAUAUCUGCGUUUCAGAUCUGAGGCACUGUCAAGCAAAGGGUAUAAACAAUAACUUAUACCAGUAAAUGAAAUCGCUUCUAAAAAUAUUAGCAAAUAUUGUAAAUAAUUUGCAAAUUCUGUGUUUUCAGCAGCCUUUGGUCAUCAUUAUAAGAGAUGAUAGGAUUCUUUCUGAUUUUAGCAUCAGUUGCAUUUGUCUGACGUUCCUUGUGCACCAGAGUUACUGCAGUGUUAAGGACUGGUGGUGAAACAGAAAUGUCAGGACAAGCAGCACCUGCAGUUGCCUGUGUUGCACAUCCUACACACUGUGCACACAUUUCAUGGCAUACUUUAUAUUAUAGAAUGUAAUAUGACAAAAUAUACAGAAAAAUAUUUGGGAAUUAAAACCACAAAAUACGUGGUUACUGCAGUGCCCGGUGCCUAUCCUGAGAUAGGUUGUUUCAUCACCUUCUUCUGGGAUCAUUCUGAGCUGUCAUGCAUCUUUGGCAUCCUUGCUCUGGUGGAAGGCACGAUCCUCUCCAGCCCUGUAGCUUCUAUAAAUCAUAUGUUUGGAGUCCUUGCAGGCAACUGUAGAAAACUAACUCAAUUCUACUUACUGACAAAGUUCUUGUGAUUUAUAUUUCUUUAGUGAGAUAAAUCAAUGACUAUGAGACUUUUCCAAAAACAAGCCAGUGUUACUGGUGUAUAUUUCACAGCUUGGGCUCAUCAAGUCAUAGUUCAGACUCAUCCCAAAGUCUGAGUACAAAGUGAACCUUGCAUUCAUAAUUAUCCUGGAAGAACUGAUUACAAUUUGAAAGUUGUUUGUCUUCACACUGUCUGUCCCCUUACUCCUCCCAUCCAAAGGAAAACUAAUGAAAGCUAUGAAACUAUGAAUAGUAAACUUCAUGUUUCUAGUACUUAAAUCUGUCACUUUCCAUCAGGAAUCUGAUGCAAUUCUCAAAUUGGUGGUUUAACUGUCAGUUUGUUCAGACUCAUCUCAAUUUCCUCUGCAGGUAACUCCAGAAUGAUUACUCUUUGAUGCCUUAGAGAUGUAUCUUUUGCCUUUUCCCUUUUAUUUCAUUGUUGCCAAAGUAAAACCUGAGGGCUUAUUUCUGUCUGAGCUGCUUACAAACACCUCCUGUAACAGGGCCAGAUAUGGGCAGAGGUAAGAUGUAGCUUGUAGCUAAGGGACUACAAGAAAUCUGGAUUAUUAUAGGAAGGAGGAUGUUCACCUGAGUCUGUGGUACUCAGUUUUAGGAGUAGAAAUUAGGAGUUAUCAGCCACAUAUUAGUUGUCAACUGUUUGUUCAGAUCAGAGCAAAGGGAAGGAGCAGUUCAAUGACGUUUUACUGUCACCUUUCUGGUGGCUGAGAAUUGCCACUUGUUUCUAACUUCUCUGUUUUGCAAGCUGGAUGGAAGUAUUUGGUAUCCUAAAAUCUGAAUACUGACCAACUCGAGGUCUGCUCUCCUGUAGAAAUGAGCCAAUCUGCCCAGAGUGCCAGUGCAUUCUGAAAGUUUAUUUUAUUGUGUUCCGUAACACUGCAAUUCUACAAGUAUUCUGCACUAAAUAAUGGGAUUACAGUCUUGCACUAUCAGCAAAGGAUACUUACAGUAAAAGUAAUAUUUGAUUUCAUUAAAUAAUACUGGAGCUCAGACAGCGUUUAGAGCACUGUGGUGCUUGUGAACAGUAGUAGUUUGUAUAGGAUUUCUUGUAGAGCUGAUGGUAACCAACUAACAGCAGUGUUUCUGUUUCAGCAGUAUAUAGGAGAGGUAGAGUCUCUGGAUACUUCUGUCCCCUUAAUGGUUAAAAGAUCAAUUUAAUAGUACAUUAAUCUGGUAUUAUUUUCAAACUGUGACCUGUAAUGUUCUGGGAAAGAAAAUGGCAGGUUAGACUCUUACUGGGACCUCAUGUGGACAAAAAAGCUCAGCAAAGCAUGUAAGCCAAGAUCUUCCUGCACUGAAAUCAAAGGAGUAAUAACAAAACCCAGACUGGUUUCUUACUUUUCCUAGCUGUUAAGCAAAGGAAUCCACCUACCAAAAGAAGCAGAAACCAUGGAAAAUAUUUCAUGCUGCAUUUCAGUUUUGUUACUGUGAUUCAUUUGGCAUUUAGUGGUCUGGAAAUUACAGUAGCUCUGGUUGAAAAUUACUGUUUCAGUUAUGAUUGUUCCCCAAACCAACUGAACUUAUCAUUAACCAAAGACUUAUCUAUUUGAAAACAAAACAGUGAAGUUUGGUUUCUAUCAUUUGUGACUUUGACUGGAAGCAGAUGAAGUGCAUAAUACAUGUACUGACCAAAACCAUGUUGUGCCAUUGAGCAAGAAUUAAUUAUUCAAGGCUGCAGCACUGGUAUAACAGCAGAAUUCAGUAUUAAUCCCUCCAUGGAAACACAAAUCUGUGUAAUAAAUUUAUGUGCCAUAUGUGUAGGCCAUGGGAAAAUUGUGUGUGCAGUGAAUUACAUACAGGCUUCAAAGCUUUAACAUUUGUACUGCUCUUCCUAUAAUAGAAUGUAUAUCUUGAUAGCUGUGACCCUAUGAGCUUCUGACAAAUCUGUAAGCUAAAGUUUAUUCUUCUUGUUUUAAAACUGCCACUCUGUGAAUUGUUGUUUACACAGUCCUCCACACAGCAAGGAGUCUUUCUCCGUGUGUUGCUGGGAAACAGAAAAGCAGACGCUAUCUGUAAACUUUACAGGCUGGGGAGAUCAGGGAAUGCUGGUCCUGAAUCUCUUUCUGCCAAGCUGUGUUUUUUUCCUCUUUUUUUUCCUCCUCUAGUAAGUGCAAACAGCACCAAUAACCACGGCCCUUCUUUAGAAGAGAUAAAUCAUAUAUUCAGUGGCCUUCUUCUGGUCAGCUUCUGUUGAUACUUACUUUUUGCUUUCUGCUUCCUUUCACUUAGACUUUGAUGAUACAAGUCUUGCCAGCUGUAACAAUGGAGGGCAAUUUGCCUUCUUUGCUCUUCCUUUAUCCAAAGCAAUUAAAGGUCUCAAACAAGAAGAAGAAACUUUACAGAACACAUGCAGGCAUGUUUUUAACAGAGAGUGGAAAGGUAAAACAGCCUUCUAAGAACAUUCCAGUUUAUCUUUUAAUGACAUGCCUGCACUGUGUUGGGGCUUCACAUCUUGCUUUCAUAGUCUGACCUGCUGUAAUGUUGUUUGUUACAAUGAGGUCCUUUUAGAUUGUCCGAAAUAUUUUACUGUUUGUCAGUAUAUUAGAACAUAAGGUACACUCUAUAAGGAAAGCAAUAUACAAUAUACUAUACAUCUUCUAUUUCAAUGCCUCUAGUUUUAGGCUAAUAUUCAUAUAAAUGUUUAUAAACAAAAUACAGGUUUUAUUGUUCAUUACAGGACCAAGGAAAGAAGUUUUGCCUUGUCUGAGUACUAAAGGUUGUCUAAACAGUAACAUUUCUCUUCAGCAGCUACUCUUUUCUCAUGCUUAUAGUUAACCUGUGGUGGGCUCUAUCCUACUUUAAUUCUUCAUAAAGGGAGAGUAAUGAGAUCUUUUAGUGCGUGAUCUUGUCACAGUACCUGAUUCAUAAACAGAUCUAUAACCUCAUUUAUAAGUUACUAGUUAACAAAACAGCAGGAAUCCCUCUGAAGUUCAGCUGAGUGCGUUCUGAAGAACUGUGCAUUACUUAGUUUUGCGGAACUUCUUGAUUCACUAUAGAAGGCAUAUUUUCUGAAGCUUUUGACGUGUAUACAGCCUUCAUCAAAAAUUCUUCUAGUUUCUGCUUCCAGUUUUAUCUGGAAGUCUAAUGCUAUGGAGAAUGUAUUUAAUAAAAAUCACAUGGGUUUCAUUCAAGAGAUUUUUCACUUCAUUUAACCUAUUCCUCAGGUAGGUAGCUCACAUUAAUUACUCUUUAUCACAUUAGUAAUACAAUAACCAGUAAAAAAAUUUUUUUUUUUUAAUUUUAUUUUUUUUUUUUUUUACCAGAGAAACUCUACAGAAGAACAUUUUGUUCUUGAUUGUGACCAGGAUAACUAAGUUAUAUGUUUCAGAGAGAAGUCAUUGAAGAGGUGAUCAAAUAAGACAGUGUUACAACAAAUCCAGAAGUUUUAUAUGCAGAGAGUUGAGAAGGGAAGUUACCUGGUUACUUUAUCCAGUCAUUCUAUAAAGGCAGCUCAGCUGCCAGGUCUGACUUUCAUCAUCAUAAAUGUAGAGUAUUCUAUGGAAAGUAUUGAUGGAGCUUAGCUUUCUGAGAACUGCAAUAACAUGGCUUGAAAAGUACCAGUUCAUUUACACUUUCAGGUGCCCAAGAAACCAUCCAGAAAGUACUUACUAUUAUUCUCCCACCAUUCAGAAUGUUAGUGUGAUCCUAUGUCUUUGCAUUAUUCCAGUACCUCCAAGUGGAGAAUGCAUUGGGUAGUUUGCUGCAAACUUGCCUUGCCUUCCCACGCAAUCAAAUGGAUGAGUAACUGCUUUAACACUUCUGCGAUACUUGUGGUCUGUCUGGAUUUUUUUUUGGACAUCUCUUUAACUGUGUCAUUAGCUCUGUCUGGGCUGCUGGAAGUCUGCUGGGUAAAGACCAGACUACAGACGUGCACAAAAAAAGUCUGUAUUUCAGGCAAGAGUAGUUUUGUAUAGGUUUGUUGAGCUUUCUGCUAGGAGCAGACCAAUUCUGCAAAUGUGCUCAGUUCAUCUCAGUCAGUGGAGCUGAUGUGUAUAGGCACAACAGGUGCUGACACACUGCUCAUCUAGUGCAUUUCACUCUGGUGAAACUUGGGGUAAAAAAUGGAAGUUACAGCAUUUGGGAUUUUGGAUGUAAAGUAUUAUGUAAUUUCUACCAUGUGCUCUCUGUUGUUUUGUGAAAUGUGUCUGGAACAAAGAAAAUAAGGGGAGAAGGGGAGUGAAAUGUGAAGACAGUUGUGAUGUAGAGCUCAUUUGUCAAAAUUUGUGUUCUCUUAAACCUUGUUUCCUAUUGCCACAUGGGGAACUGACACCAUUCAAACACAAUAGUCAGUGCUGAUCUUCAGUCUCAUAGAAGAUGUACCUGAGUUCAUCAGGUAAAUGUUUACUGAGUAGCUACAGUACUGCUGUGGGGCAGGAGAUGACUAUCCUUUUUAACAAUCGUCAUUUGAUGAUUCAUUGCUGAAGUGAUCAAUACCCAAAUUCCAUGUUGCGAUUCAGCAAGUAAGGUGCAUUUUCCAUCCAGGCUUUGUGAAUUUUGACUGCAGUGAAUCAGGAGUCAUCUGUAGUGGUCCAAAGCCUCCACUGAUAAAUCAGAUUGUUACAGUACAGUCAAAACCUUUGUCAGUGUUGCCAUUCCAGAAAUCCAGUGUUCUGAACAACUGCAGACCAGACUUCCACCUCAUCCUUGCAAUGAAAAAUCAUUGGGCUGCUAUUAUAGCUGAUAGGAGUCUUUGGGCUAAAAGUCUGCAAAAAGCUUUGAAACCAUAUCCCACACUCCUUGCUGUAUAAGACAUCAGUGGUCUGAUUCUACAACUGUUGUAUUUGCUGGGUAAUGCUUAGUCUGCUAACAGAACCAUAGUCCAGCACAGGGAUGUCUAAAGCACUCUGUGUAGGAACAAGACAGCACUUUCCCUGACCUGCAUCUUGAUUUUACAUUUAGUUACAUGGGCCAUUUAGGCUGCAGUCCUGCCUGUGUCAAAGUGAACAAGUAACAAAAGGGAUGCAGGGGGCCUCAAAGCGUACUUUAGCCUUCUGCAAACACUCUGAGCGAGGGUGGUGGGACUGCGGCCAUACCUCAUGCCUGGGUGGAUGGAGAGAGGGCUCACACACCCAGAACCUAAUGCAGCAUUUCAGAUAUAUAUGGACUUAUUUUUCCAUAUGUUCUGCCCACAUUCCUGCAUAUUUUAUGAAUCAGGUCUGUGAUCAAUGUUUUGAACAAUUUGUUUGCUGAGCUUUCAUGGGGGUUACUAUCUCUUUGGUUUGCAAUGUAAAUAAUACUGUACAUCUGCUAUUUUAUGAGACAAAUGCCCUGUGAAUUGCUUAUUUUUAAAAUGUUACAGCUCUGUCAUGUUUAUUUACAAUGCCAUCUUACAGUAUUGGUUUAAUAGAAAAUGUAUCAGUAUGGCAUGAAUGAAAUUGCUUAUAUUUUACAAUAUCAAAUAUUUUAUUUUAUUUUUUUUCUAAGAUUAUUACACUCCAUUCUAUGCAGUAUCAUAAAUGUUUCUUAAGUGGCUCAUUAUAUCUGGAAAUAUUGCUUCCAUUUCAGUAGUGUGGGCAUAAGAACCAAUAUUCCUGAUCAAAAUCAUUGGAUAUAACAUCUAGCAAUUUCAGAUUAGAAAGAUAUGUACAAAUAUGUAAGCAUUUAUCGGUGAUCUGAACAUUUACUGUAUCUUCCUUGCUUUUCAUGUAAUUAUAUAUUUUAAUCAUUUUGUAUAAUUUUUAUUUGUAAUUAAUUGUGAGUCAUACACAGUGUAAAUAAUGUUUCAUUAUGCAAGAUUUCUAGGUCAUCAAGACCACCACCAAAAAAAAAAAAGAAAGAAAAAGUGAAUUUGUAUAUGAAAAGAAUUUGACAGUAGAUUGGAAUGACAUAAAAUAAAGUGGUGAUGACUAUGUUCUGUUUAUACUGUUCAAUUCCAAACCGUGUUAAAGAAAAAAACCAAACAUUUUCUUUACCCUUUAAUGUCCACCCAGCUAUUUUAAGCAUAUUUACAUCAAUAAAUCAUGCAAAAGUCUAUUAAAAUUCAUGAUGAAUCAUUGAAAUUUUCCCUUUGUUGACAGCUAACCCAUGAAGAGCAGGAUUACAUAUUGUAAUAUAAAGUAAGGUAAAACCCAAGUGAAUGGAAAUAGCCCAGGAAGUCAACAAAGAUACUUGCAUGAAAAGAACCCCUUUUCACUCCUUGCUCUUAAAGCUCACCUUCUACCACAUGUCUAUCACAUACAAAGAAAACAGGGAAAUGUAAGAAAAGGAAGAUGUUUAAGUACACACGAUUAUGUUUAUUUAUUUAUAGGAAUUCUCCAGAUUUCAUGGACAUUGCCAUGUAAAGAUUUUAAUAAAGCUUUUCUUCUUGA